GCUCAUCAGUGCCACCUGCCAGUGCCACAUCAAUGCCACAUAUCAGUGCCUACCAGUGCACAUCAAUGCCACCUAUCAGUGCCAGUCAGUGCCACCUAUCAAUGCCAGCCAGUGCCACCUAUCAGUAGUGCCAGUCAGUGCCAACUAUCAGUGCGCAUCAGUGCUGCCUAUCAGUGCUGCCUAUCAGUGCCACCUAACAGUGCCAGCCUGUGCCGCCUAUCAGUGCCAGUCAGUGCCGCCUAUCAGUGCCAGUCAGUGCCGCCUAUCAGUGCCAUAUAUGAGUGCUGCCUUUCAGUGCCCAUCAGUGAUGCCUGUCAAUGCCCAUCAGUGCCACCUACCAGUGCCUCCCCAUCAGUGCAGCCUCAUUACCGCACAUCAGUGAAG